GCCUCCGAAUGUGAUAUAUAAUAAAUAUAAAAGCACACAAAAUGAUAUUUUGGUUCUUAUUGAUUUUAAUAUUUGUGAUUUACAAGUGGCUUACAAGUGACGCUGAUUAUUAUGAUAAACUUGGAAUUCCUUACGAGAAGCCAUGGCCUGUUGUUGGAAAUAAUUUAAAUAUUUUAUUACAAAAAGGAUCAAUUAAUGACAUCACAGACAAGAGCUAUAAGAAGUUCAAAUCAUCAAAAAUUUAUGGAUAUUUCAAUUUCAUGUCCAAAAUGUUCAUAGUGACUGAUCUAGAGUUAAUUAAAAAGAUCACAGUCAAAGAUUUUAAUCAUUUUAUUAACCACGAUGAUUCAAUAGAAAUGGAUGAUUUACUCACAAGGUCAUUGUUCGGAAUGAGAGAUAAAAAGUGGCGAGAUAUGAGAACGACCUUGAGUCCAAUUUUUACAAGUUCAAAGAUGAAAUUAAUGUUCGGUCUUUUAUCCGAUCACUCAAGAGACUUUACAAAAUUUAUGGAAGAGCAAGUUGAGGUGGGUAAUAAUAUCAAUGUUGAUGUCGGUGACAUUUUCAAGCGAUAUACAGCAGAUGGGAUUUCAACUGCUGCACUCGGCUUUGUUGGCAACAGUAUAAGGGAUAAAAAUAGUCAGACAUGUCGUAUGGUACAACAACUUGACAACGAUUUUAAUGGAACUUUAGGUGCACUAAAAUUCAUGCUUGCUAGUGGCUUCCCAAAGAUUUAUAAAUUCUUUAAUAUUCAACUAGUUGGAAAGGAGGUGAAUGAAUUUUUCAAACGAGUCGUGCUCGAUGUCAUGAAUGAACGUGAUAGGUACAAUAUUUCACGUCCAGAUGUUAUUCAAUUAUUGUUGCAAGCACGCAAAGGACAACUUGAACAUAAAAUAGAUGAUGCUGAUGUUGAUAAAGAAUUGUCGAACUUUUCAGCCCAUACAGAACUGGAUGUUAGCUUGAAAAAUGAGAAAAUGUCAUAUUUUGAAGAUAUGGAUUGGAUUGCACAAGGAUUUCUGUUUUUCGGUGCAGGAUUUGACACGAGCACUAUGUUACUGCAAAGUAUAUGCUAUGAUUUAGCUAUCAAUCUUGACAUUCAAGAAGAUCUAAUCGCAGAGGUUGACAAUACACGUGCAAAAUUCAGUGACAAUCUAAUAACAUAUGAAGCAUUACACAAAAUGAAAUUCUUAGACAUGGUUGUUUCGGAAUCAUUGAGAUUAAGACCACCAGCUGGGCUAACAGAUCGAAUGUGCAACAAAGAUUAUGAAAUUGAUUUGGGAAAUGGACGAACUGUAGUCAUUCCUAAAGGAAAAACUAUUGGAAUUCCAAUUUAUCAAAUUCAGCAUGAUCCAGAAUACUAUACUGAUCCAGAAACAUUCAAUCCACAUCGCUUUAGUGAUGAAAGCUCAAUUGUUCCUGGAACUUUUCUGCCAUUUGGAAUGGGAGCAAGAAUUUGUAUUGGCUCAAGAUUCGCUCUUAUGUCUGUUAAAUUGGUGCUGUUUAAUAUUCUUUGUAAAUUUAAGAUAGAUAAGGGAGAGAAGACCCCAAAGCAGUUGACAUAUCAGCCAAAUUUCAAUUUUAAAUACAAUGAGAUUAUUUAUUUGAACUUUGUUCCAAGAAACUGAUAGUUU